GUAACAUACAAAUGGCUAAGCUACACUCUGGGAGUUCAUGUCAACCAGGCUAAACAGAUGCUGUAUGAUUACGUAGAGAGGAAACGAAAGGAGAAUUCAGGAGCUCAGCUUCAUGUCACCUACUUGGUAGCAGGAAACCUUAUCCAGAAUGGACACACUUGCCACAAGGUUGCAGUAGUGAGAGAGGAUAAACUUGAAGCAAUGAAGUCUAAACUAGCCACGAUUGCGAGUGUGCACGUCUACAGCAUUCAGAAAGCCUUGCUCAAGGACAGCGGGCCACUCUACAACACAGACUAUGAUAUUGUCAAAACAAACCUGCACAACUGCAGCAAGUUUAGUGCCAUUCAGUGUGCCGCUGCGGUCCCCAGGACGUCGGCUGAAGUUUCUCAAGCGCAGACGUCUCUGCAGGCUGGCUCCCAGACACAAAGUGACGCGAACGUUGUCAGUGUACCUGUGGUCAACGGCCAUGGUCCAUCGAUGGCAAAACAGCCCUCGCAGCAGCCCAAAGGGAUCAUGGGAUGUUUGCAGCAAAAGCAGCUUCCAAACCCCAGGACACAAAUAAAGAAACUAAAGCAGGCUAAGGAGGCCCCAGGCGUGUCUGCAGUAAGCAGCAAACCACCAGCAAAGGGCAACAUAAUGAACAACUUCUUUGGAAAAGCUGCCAUGAAUAAACUCAAAGUCAACUCUGUGCCUGAGCAGCCAAAGGAGGAGAAAGAAGUAGUCAAGCCUUCAGUUCCUGUAGCAGAACCAGAGUCAUCCCCUAAUACUGUAGUAGAGAAACCUGGGAAGAAAACAGAGUCUGCCAGAAUUCAACAGAAGGACAAAAAAAGUAAAAUGAAGAGGGUGGACAAGUCGGAUAAUGAGGAAGAAAGAGAUCCCGAAAAUCUAAAGAAAAAGAGGAAGCGAAUUAAACAACUUCAGUCUGACAGCAGUGACGAGGAAGAUGUCCCACCGCCUCUCACACCUGAGGAGGAGAAAGCUCCAUCUCCACCUCCUGUACCUGCUCUGAAAACUGAACUGGAGCCUGCAUCCACAGAGUUUUCAGCUGGAGCGAGGAAGAGGAAGCGGAAGCGUGUGCUGAAAUCCAAAAUGUUUAUUGAUGAAGAAGAAGGUUGCAUGGUGACUGAGAAGGUUUACGAGAGUGAAUCCUGUACAGAUAGCGAGGAUGACUUUGCCAAGUCCAAGCCACCAGCUGCACACAAACAGCCUGCACUACCUAUGAAGAAAGAACCAAAGGAAGAAAGGAAGAACCUGAAGAAAGGGACAGCUACUGCCAACAGAGCCAACAAACAGGUCUCCAUCAUGGGUUUUUUUCAGAAGAAAUGA